AAAUUGGGGACCGGACUGGUUUCACAGUUUCUCCCUCCAAAACUGAGCAUGCGCAGUCGGCAUUCGGCAGUUGCUGUGGAAUUGUUGUUUAGCUCCUGAUGUCAGAUCAGAACCGAGCCGGAACUUUAAACGUGAAGCUGUGGGAGUUGAAUCGAUCCGAGAGGAGCAGCGGGGGGAAGGGGCGGCUGAUGGUGGACAGAGGAGCGGGGAGGAACGGAGCGGAGAGGCGGCAGUAGCAGGAGAACAGUUGGAGCAACUGUACAGGACUCAGACUUUAGACAUUUUGAUGCUGGAUCAACAGAAAUAAAUGGGCUGAAUUUACUUCCUGCCCUCCAUGUGCAUUGGGUGACGUCGGUGCUAUGUCAUUUGAAACCCAGCAAUAUGGAGUGAAAAUAGUCCCAAAAUACAUGUGAAGACCUCUCCGGUCGUCAUGGCGACAGCGGGAGACCCAGGAGACAUCCAUGCCCGGCAGUGCGGGACCUGUGACGGCGCCUCGGCCUCCUGCUGGUGUGUGGACUGCAGUGAAGCUCUGUGCGACGCCUGUCUAGCGGCUCACCGCCGGGUCACCCUGACCCGAUCCCACCGAGUUCUGAACCGGCAGCCUGAAGGACCCAGUUUGGUUUUUCCCACCAAGUUCUGCAGAAUCCACCCGUCUGAGGAGCUGAAGCUGUUCUGCUUCAGCUGCUGCCAGCUCACCUGCAGGGACUGCCAGCUGGCGGACCACCAGAACCACAGGUUCGACUUUGUCAGCAAAGCGGUGGCAAGUGUGAAGAAGCAGCUGGACGCCUGCAUGCAGCCAUUCAGAGCACAGAUGGACGCGUCCAGGAGGAGCCUGCAGGACAUGGAGACCAGGCUGCAGGUUCUGGCCCGCUGCGAGUCCUUCAUGACCUCCAAGCUGCAGAAACACGUCGACACGCUGAUGGAGAUGCUGAAGAAAAGGUUUGAGGAGAUCAUCAAGCAGAUCCAGGUUGUCUACAACGUGGAGCGCAACCUGAUCAGCAGGAAGAUGGAGAAGGUGAAGCAGCUGCAGCAGAGCCACGUCCCUCUGACUGAAGCAGCAGAAAAGGCCAGAAGCACCACCAACCUGCCCACCCUGGUGGGCUGCAUAUCCCAGAUCACCUCCCAGAUGAAGGAUCUGGUAGACGAGGACUCGCGUCCUCCUUCCAAGAUGAUCGACGUGAAGGUCAUCACCGACAGAAACUCUGUGGAGGGAAUCCUGAAUUUCGGUAAACUCCACGUCUCCUGGAUCCCCUUCUCCACUCGGCAGGUUGAACCUCCACCAUCCUCUUCCUCCCUGCUUCCUGCUCCGCCCACCUCCACCUGCCGACCCCUCACCUGCAGCAAUGCCACGACCAACAGCAGUUCUGUUGAUGUUGCUGCUCCUCCAGCUGGGUCCACUAGCACCUUCAUCAGAACCGGUCCGUUCUCUGGGUCUGGUACCGCUGCUUCCUCAGCUCCACCCGUCAGGAUUAGCUGCUCUACUCCUCCACCCUACUCUUCCUCUUCCUACCCUUCCUCGUCUGUGGACGCCAUGACGGACUUCAUAGAGAACAAUAAAGCAGUUCUUCAUCCCAAGUCUUCCUCCAUCAGUAAGCUGGACCCGAGCUGUGGUUCCUGGGGACCUUCAGCCCAGAUACCCAGGGUUCCCUCUUCCAACAACUCACUUCCUGUUCCUGCUUCCACCUCACUUUCUGUUCCUGCUUCCACCUCACUUCCUGGUUUAACCUCACUUCCUGUUUCUGCUUCUGCCUCAUUUCCUGUUUCUGCUUCUGCCUCAUUUCAUCCUGUGGCUUUGACCUCACUUCCUGUCCCUGCUUCCACCUCACUUCCUGUCCCUGCUUCCACAUCACUUCCUGUCCCUGCUUCCACCUCAUUUCUUGUCCCUGCUUCCACCUCACUUCCUGUCCCUGCUUCCACAUCACUUCCUGUUCCUGCUUCCACAUCACUUCCUGUUCCUGCGGUGGUUAAGUCCAGAGCCGCUCAGGACAUUGAAGCCAGGAACCCGUUCCUCUGGAGCCUCCUCAGUCAGUCGUCCCCGUCCUCUUCAUCUCUGUCCUCUUCGUCUCCGUCCUCUUCGUCUCCGGCCAGUCCGUCUCUGCCUUCCUCAGGUCUGGUUCGUGGUCAGAGUUCAUCCAGUUGCUCCUCUUCCUCGUUGACUUCAGACGUUCGGCUUCAAACCUCGACCACCAAAGGUCCUGGAAGGGUGGCAGACCGAUCUGAAGGAGCAAAGCCUACUCCGUCACCGGAGCCGUCCAGAGGUUUAGAUUCUGCGGUCAGGAUCAAUGUUCUGACCAAGUCCCAGCUGGAGUCCAGCUCAGAUAAACUGUUUGUCAAGUUUCAGUGGAUGAAGAAGAAGAACUCCAAGUCUUCCAAGUCCAGCAGCUCUUUGGUACCCAGUUCUCCUAAAAUAAAGAGGUUACUCUCUGGGAAACGGCAGCCUCAGAGGAUUCAGAACCAGCCUGGCAGUCCGGUCCGAAAACUGAACCGCCAGGCUAGUGGCAUGGAGUCUUUACCCUCCAUGCCCUCCGUUCCUCCGUUCCCAUCCACCGAUCUGGUCUUCUCCAAGGCGGUUUCCACAGCAGCUCCACCCGGCAACAUUCAGCCGCUGGUCCAGCUGUCGCCUAGUCUCAACCAGCAGGUUCUCGGCCAGAACCUCCCACCUUCCAUCCUGCUGCUGACCAACACCAGCCAGAAUCCUGUGACUGGCUCCGGUUCUGGUCCCCCCUCUUCGGUUUCGGCUGGUCCUCAAACUCUUCCAGGAAAUGACCCAUCUGUCCGGUGGAGUCCAGAGAUCCAGAACCUUCCUGAAUCCAACAACCUGCAGCUCCUAGAAUGUCUCGUCUCCGAGGUUGGACUUCCUUCCUCCGCCUUGAAAGACCAGCAGCAGAAUCCUGCUUCAAAGCAGACGGGCAAACGAAAGGAACCAAACAGACUGGUACAAGGUUCUUCAGCUGGAAUUGAUCCACCAUUAGGGUGCAGAUCAUCUGACCCAACCAGGACUGGAGCCUCUGACCAGGACCUCAUUGUGGUGCUGUCAGACGACGAGUCGCUGCCUGACGUGUAUGAGGUUCAACCCAGCGUUGAGGAGGUCCGGUCGUUUCUUCCUCCAGUUACUGUUGGAGGUUCAGAUGUCGAAAUCAAUAUCGUUGAGACCAAACCUCCAGGGUUCGAGUCCAAACCAAGAACAUUAAAGUUUAUAGAAAGAGACAUCUUUGAUGAACCAGCUUCACCGGCAGUGUCAGAGGACAGGAUGUCCACUGCCUUGUCUGAAGUACCUGAACUAGGACUCAAACUGUCUUCCUCUGAAACAUCUGACAGCGACGAUGAAGACUUGCUGAGCAUUCGGACUGAACAGCUGGACUACGGCCAGCUCUGCUGGCAGCCCACAGUGUCUCUGCUGAGACUUCCCCUGUCCCUGCCUGGACCUGGACGGCCCCUGCCUCGCUUCCAUUUCAUCCUUGGAGACAAGCAAGACGAGCUGUAUCUGCAGGAGAUGGAAGAGGACGAUCAGUACAGCGACGAGGACGUCUCAGAGAUCGUCACUGACCAUGACUCUGACGUCACCGAAGACUUCACCAUUCUUCAGUCUACAGAGUCUCCACUGUCCCUGGAGGUCAUUUCCUGUGCUGCUUGCGGAUCAUCCAGUGCGUCAAAGAUCUGCACUGUCUGUGGUCGGGGGUACCACAGAGACUGCCACGUCCCUCCGUUUGGACCAGACAUCUGGUCGGAGCUGGUCUGUUCGCUGUGUCAGGACCUGUCAGACCCUUCGGACCCCUACAGCUCCGACAGACCCAAGAGUCCACACGGUUCUUCCCUCAGCCUGCAGGACCAGCGGAGAUGUGAGACUCUCCUGCUGCACCUGAAGGUCGAAGGCUGCAGACACUUCUCUCAGUUGGACCUCUGGUCUGACCUCAUGCUCGUAUCGGAGCGUCUGAGCCACCAUCGCUCCCCUCCUUAUCAAACACCUGGGCAGGUAGUCUCGGACCUCUGGGAUUUGUUCAGCGACGCCUCACAGGGCAACGCUUUAAUGGAGCUGCAGCAGAGCUUCCAGAAGAGGCUGGUGGAAACGCUGGGAUCAGAGCUUCCUUCUUCACUGCUGAUGGCCCCUCCGCAUGGCAGCGCCUCGCCGUGUGGCAGCUCCCCUCAUGGCAGCUACCCGCGUCAAGCCAACGCCCCUUUGGACUCGGGAGAGAACUUGCUGUCCAAUUCAAAGAUGAAAGUUCUGAAGAAGAGACUGAAGGACCUGCUGAACCUGCAGGGACCGGCUACAGCCAAGAGGCCAAAGAGCGUAGAUCCUAAAGACCAGACGGAUCAGAUGUGAAAAAUGAAACUAAUUCAUCGUUUAAAACUUCAAACAUUUUUACUGCAGAUAUUCUGCAAGUUCUGCUUACUGGGCCGGCUCCAGUUUCUGAGUAACUGGUUUGAGUGGAACCGAAAAGGUGUGGUACCUGGUGUGGGUCGUGGUUCUGAGUGCCUUUAGGUUUGCUCUGUUUGCAGAUCAGUUUGUUAUUUAUAUGUGAAACUUCACAGCUUCUCUCAGGGAGAAAACAAUGAAACUAAUCUUCAGUUACUGAAACUAAACUUUAAACC